AUGCUAGAGACAACAAAGUCUACGGCCGAUGAUGCUUCGGUGAUACAACACACUGAAGCUGAGGCACCCGGUUCCCCUACCCCUCUAAAUUUCUCGUUGGAUGAAAGGAUGGAGGUUGAGGUUGGAAAUGUAGAGGAUAAAGGAAAUGUUGUUGAAGAAGAUGAUGAUGAGGAGGAGGAAAGUGAUCUUGAGUUGGGAGAGUUUAUUGCUGAUGAAUUCCAGCUGGAUUCCUCCAACCAGACUGAUGAAACGGAGGCAAGUGAUAUGGAGGUUAAUGAAGAGGCUGCUGCUGCUGAUGAAAAUGCAGCAGCCAUCAAUGAAAAUGUUGAAGCUGCUACUGCUGAUGACAAUGCAGCAGCUAAUCCUGAAGAAACUGAGGUGCUAACUCCUUCUGCCAAACCUGUCGAUUCUCAAAUUGCUGAUGACAGGCUGGCCAGAGUGGAACACCAAUUAAAUGAUCUCACCAAGGCUGCCACACUCGCUGUUCAACUUAAAAAUCAUGAAGAUGACAGAUUGCUGCGCACUUAUACAAAUAAUAUCAAAAAGGAUCAGCAGGCCAUUCGUGGGUUCUCACGAUCGCUAUGCAAAAUUGGAACUGCUGUAAGGUUCUCAGCAAAGAAGGCAUCCAGCAGCAGUGAAUCUACUGCUGCUGAAGUAAAAACAGUUGCUGACCUGGUUUCUCGUCUUACCACCCAGGUUGAAGACAACACCAAGGCUAUCAAUACCUUGGAAACUACAGUGGCCAGUUUUCCUCCUCCUCAACAGGCAGCUCCAACAGCAACAGUGGAGGUAGUUAUUAAUGAUACUACCUCCAAGGGGGAGAAAGUUGAUGCUGCCGUAAUGGCACUUGUCAGUGAAGCUGUUAACAAAGCUGUAAAUGAUAUAUAUGAAGCUUCAGCUGACAAGGUUGCAAGUGAAGAAAACACUGCAGCGGCCACUGAUAAACAAGAUGAACUGGCAAUAGUGGCCGUCAGUUAA